AUGGUAGAAUAUUUCUCACGGAGCUACCACACUCCGAAUGAUCGUUAUAAACCGAAUAACAAUGCAGUAAAUGGAGCAGUAACUAACAAUAUCAGAUAUUACACUGAAGAUGAGCUCAAUAUUCCCAUGCCAAAUUCUUUUUUUCCUACUUUGUACAAUGGAGAAUUGACUUACAAUUACUAUCCCAUGAGCAGUAGUACCAGCUCAUCCAGUUAUCAGCCGAGUUCUGAUUAUGUUCAACAAGAAGAAGAGUGGGACAGAGAUGCAUUACUUGAUCCUUUGUGGGAACAGCAGCAGAAAAAGGUAAGAGUUUUUCAAUUUUAAUUCUAACUUGAUAAUAGUGUUUUUAUUGACAUAUAAUGUUAGUUUAGAGAGGAAAACGUUGGGAAACAGGUAUAAGACAAGAAAAACAGUAUUAGGUAACAACAUUUAAAAAUUUGUGAGUCAAAAAUUUUUAAAACGGCUUUUUUGUAGUUUAGGUAAUACCAAUAUAUUUUCAGACGUUUACUGCAUGGAUUAAUAGCCAUUUACGGAAAGCUGGAACUAAGAUCGAUUCUCUGGAACACGACUUCCAGAACGGGUUGAAGUUAAUGUUAUUACUGGAGGUAAUUUCUGGUCAGACUUUGCCAAAACCUGAUAAAGGAAGGACAAGGUUUCACAAGAUAGCUAAUGUUAGUAAAGCUUUGCAGUAUAUUCAGUCCAGAGGCGUUAAAUUGGUUUCUGUUGGUCCUGAAGGUAAUUUUUACUAUGUUAGACAUUAAUUUUAAAGGAAUAUAACAGUUUGUAUAAGAGUUCUUGAUUUUUUAAAUUAUAAUUGAUUUUUUGUCAUCAAUAAUGACUUUUUUAGAAGUUGUUGAUGGUAACGUCAAGCUCACACUUGGAUUGAUUUGGACCAUUAUCUUGAGAUUUGCGAUUCAAGAGAUUAGCGUCGGAGGUAAUGAAUUAAAAGAUCUUGAGGUCUUAAAACAGACUAUUUAUUGUCUAAAACAUUGACUUCAAUCUAAUUUUGAUUGUAUGAGAGUCUAAAUUUAAAAAAAAUCUCAUUGUGUAAUUUUCAGCACAUUCUGCUCGAGAUGGCCUAUUACUCUGGUGCCAACGGAAGACAGAGCCUUAUGAUGAUGUAGAUAUCCAGAACUUCAGUACCAGCUGGAAGGAUGGAUUGGCAUUUUGUGCUUUGAUUCAUAGACACAGACCUGAUCUACUAGACUAUCCUGGGUUGAAUCCAAGAGAGCAUCUGACGAACCUGAAGACGGCGUUUGACGUUGCUGAGAAGGAACUUGACAUACCUAAAAUGUUGGAGCCUGAAGGUAAGUUACAGUAAAAUACAGAAUGGGUGUUAUGACAGCACCAGUUAUUUACAGAAUUAGCUGUAUAAUUUAAAAUUAAGUAGCUGUUACAUAAAAUAUUUAAAAAUUCUUCACGUUUUGAAGUAACUCUCUAUCUGCUUCUUCAGCUGUCGCUUUACCUUUGGCACCAGACCAAAAGUCUAUCAUAACUUAUGUUUCCUGCUUCUACCACACUUUCGAAAGACCAAAACGGGUGUUGUUUAGUUCAGAUAAGCCUACGAGUAACUUUAAUAAGACAGUAAGAGGUCACUCCUUGCCUAAAGAUACAGUAUACCGGGUACAACCUCCUCACAAGACUACCUCUUUACGUCAAGUAUUACCUACAAAGCAACCGUUUACUGAUAAUAGCAUCAAACCACAACCUAAAACAUUUUUAUUACCUAAAAGUGUGGCUAAAUAUAUCAGUAAGACAUUGCCAAAGGGUACUUUAACCAGUAACGAAAAACUAAAUGCUAAUGGCAGUAAUGGCACUCAAAAUAGUACUAUUAAUCAACCUGUCAGUCCAUUGUUGAGUAGUCCACCUCUUCACGAAGCUACAGUAGUCAGACUGCCGGAUGUGGAUAGGAAUAGUAGGAGGCCUCGACCACGGUCAGAUAUCUUUGAGUGUAAGACUAAUUUGUUACCGAAAAGAGAGAUAUUAGAGUAUAUAUCAACCGGGUAUCGACAGAUUGUGUCUGCACAGAAGGUUGAGUUACAACAGGAGAGGGUAGUACAUCCUUCGAUUGUUAGAGUUGAUCCUAAAAGAGUAAGGGGUGUAAUAUAUGUUUAGAGUGGCACUAUUUGCAUUGCUUUAACUUGAUUUGUACAGGAGUGAUAUAUGUUGUUCGAUUGUUGUGUGUAACAUAUUUUGUAGUUAAUAUUUUAAGUUUAGACUGAGUGUGGGAAACUUUUCUUACGAUUGUUUAUGUCAUUUUUAUGUUAAAUGGUACAAUAACUUGUUUCAGUGCUUGUCAAUUCGUCCGUUCCUGAUGAAAAGGCUGUGAUGACAUAUGUUUCGUCUUUUUAUCACAAAUUUACCGGAAAAAACAAGGUAACCCUUUUUGUGUUUUAUUUUUUAUGUUGUUUUAAUUGUGCGUUUUGUUUGCUUAAAUUCUAGUACUAAAGUAAUAUUGUUUUAGUUAGAAAAAGCGGCCAAUCGAAUUGGUCGAGUGUUGACACAAAACAGAGAGAAUGUCAAGAUGGCAGAUGACUAUGAGUUGUUGGCUGAUGAUCUUCUAACCUGGAUUGACACUUGGAUGCCAGUAGUUUCGAACCGCAACGAAGAGACGGAUUCAGAAGCCUUGAAGCGAAGAAUGAGUAAAUUCAGACAUUAUCGACAGAAUGAGAAGCCACCAAGGAUUGAGGAAAAGAGUCAGUUGGAGACAUUAUUCAACACACUACAGAAUCGACUGAGAUUGGCUAAUCGACCAGCUUUUCAGCCGAGGGAUGGACAGAGCAUCAGGGUUUGUUAUAUUUUAGUUUUGGAUAGAAUUGCGAUUAAUCUUUUUUCAUAUAACAAUAUAAUUUUUGAAGGUUUGGUAUUCUUUGCUACACUUAUGAUUUAUUCUAAUAUUUGUGGAACAAUUAUGUUUUCAGGAAAUCAACAUGGCAUGGAAUAACUUAGAACAAUCGGAGAAAGGCUACGAGGAAUGGCUACUAUCAGAAGUUAUGCGUCUGCAAAGACUUGAGAGGCUGGCUGAGAAGUUUUAUCGUAAAUGUGCAGCUCAUAAUCAAUGGUGUUUGGGCAAAGAAGAAAAGUUGAAGUCAAAUGACUAUAAAUCAGCAGAUUGCUACAAUAUAAAGGCCAUCAGAAAGAGACACGAAGCCAUUGAAAGUGACAUGGAAGGUCAUCAAGAAAGGAUUGGUCAGAUCGUGCAAAUUGCAAAGGAAUUGACCAGAUUACAGUACGCCAAAGCACUAGAAGUUGCUGAAAAGUGUGAAGAUGUUGUUGUAGAGUGGGAAACCCUGGGGCAGUUGGCUAAAAGUAGAAGAAGUAAGAUAACAGAGGCUGAGAAGAUAGUGAAAGAGUUGGAUGAGAUACAUCUUAAGUUGGCGAAACAGCUGGGACCAUUUCACUCGUGGUUGGAUUCUGUCAAGGAAGACCUGAAUGAUAUUGUCAUUGUGAAUCAGAUGGACGAGGUCGAGAGUUUACUGGAAGAUCAUAGGCUGUUCAAUAAGACACUGCCUGAGGCUGAAAGUACUUUGAAUAAGAUCAGAGAGUUACAUAAGAGGACAGAAGACAUUGUGAGGACAAAUAAGUUGGAUUCUAGUCUGUUGAGGAAUCCAUACACUGACUUUUCGGUCGAUAAAAUUGAGAAAAUGUGGAGGGAAAUGGAGGAUUUGUUACCUAAAAGGGAGUCACAGCUGAAACAGGAGAAGAACAGGCAACAAAGUAAGUUUUUAAGUUGUUUUUGGUUUAAAUGCUAUUUUUGGCUAUAUUUCUGAGAGUUUAAGAUAAAUUUUAAAAUAUUUUAGAAAGCCAACAAUUACAAUCAGAGUUUGCGGAGAAAGCAAACAUUGUUGGACCAUGGCUAGAAGACUUGCUCGAACAAGUCCUAACAACAAGGUCCACUCCUAACACAACAUUAGAAUCUACGUUGGCAGAUCUUAAAGUAAUCAAAGAUGAUGUAAGUGUUUGUUAUCUUUACAUCAAAGUUUAGUUUUUUGGAAUUUUGAGACAAACUUUUUAAACUUUGACUUACAGGCAUUUGCUAACAAACACGAGCUGACAGAAUUGGAAAAGAUCAAUCACAAUAUGCAUGAGAACAUGAUUUUCGAAGCUCCAACUUCCAAGUACACGAUGGAAUCGCUUAGAGUGGGAUGGGAGUCUCUAAUGACAGCCUUAAAUAAGGUCUCGAAUGAAGUUGAGAACCAGAUUCUGUUGAGAGACAGUAAAGGAUUGACUAACGACCAGCUGAAGGAAUAUCGCCGAGCUUUUGUCCAUUUUGAUAUCGAUUCGAAGGGAUUGAAUGAAGAACAAUUAAAGGCCUUCUUGAUAUCGAUUGGAAAUGAACAUGGAGAUGUUCACGAGCUGUUUAAGCAACUGGAUGUAAAUAAUUUGGGUUAUGUUGGGUUUGAAGCUGUGAUAGACUAUUUGACAAAGGAAAAUACUGAUCAAGAUAAGGCUGAGCAGAUGAUCGAAGCCUUUAGGCUGUUGGCCAAUGGACGGUCAGCUGUUACUGAGGAUGAGGUACGGUGUUUUUUAUAUCUGUAGAAUUUGUAGGUAAUUGUAUUUAACCUGUAAAACCCUUGGUCUAGAAAAAAGAUACGAAACUGUACCUGACUUGUCAUACAUUAUUUAUAGUCAGUAACCUUGGUGAUAGACAUAAUAUCUUUAAAAGUGUAAAACACAAAUGAUAAUAAUUGCAGAUUCGAAAGGAAUUACCGCCAAAACUGGCAUCGUACUGUAUAAAACAACUGAAACAUUACCACGAUCCCUCUGAUAGAGGAUACGAUUACGAGACAUUCUGCAGGAACAUAUUUAUUCACUAA